UGUGACAACGCAGUGGAUAACGACCAAUGUCAGCGAAAUGUGAAAUUUUGAAGAACAGUGAUGCGUGGACUUUUUCGGGGAAUCCUCUACUGCAGUUUGUGGUAUGGGAGUAUAGUCGCAGGAUUUUUAUUCAUUGCUUGUCCACUGUUGCCACUCCUCUUAAUUAGUCCACCGAAAUUUCGAAAAUGUGGAGACCUUCUUUUUUCUUGCUGGGAACUCUACCCUGCUGCACUGAUGGAGUUAUUGGGGAUGAAAGUUGUGGUAUCGGGUGACCACAUUUCUCCAGAUGAUUCUGCAAUUCUCGUAAUGAAUCACCGAACCAGGGUUGAUUGGAAUUUUUUAUGGGGAGCGAUGUACCAAGCUUGUAUGCCUCACGUUGGUGCUCAUAAACUGAAAUUUAUUUUGAAAGAUCCCAUUCGUCACAUUCCUGGACCAGGUUGGAUAAUGCAGAUGAACGGCUUCCUGUACAUAACUCGUCACUGGGAAGAAGAUCAAGGUCGACUUUCUCGUUCUCUAGACUACUUAAUAGCCCUCGGCUGUCGCACCCAACUUCUGAUAUUUCCAGAAGGGACCGACUUGACUCUAAGCAGCAAAGAAAGAUCCGAUAAAUAUGCCUCGAAACAUGGAUUGCUGAAGUACAAUUAUACUCUUCAUCCCAAAACAACUGGUUUCACCUACCUAGCUCGUCAUCUUCAAGAAUCCAACUACCUCGAUGCUGUAUACGAUUUAACAAUAGGAUACCCAGAUAACAUUCCACAGUCGGAAGUCGAUUUAGUCUCAGGAAAACUGCCCAAUGAGGUUCAUUUUUUAAUAAAAAGGGUACCUGCCUCGGAUAUUCCGAGAGACGAAUUAUCCCUGCGGCGUUGGUUGGAAGAAAAGUGGAUUCAGAAGGAAGAGGUUUUGAAGCAAUUUUCUCAAAAGAAAUGUUUUUCUGCUGAACCUUGGCCGAGAGCAAGUCGAAUGCCUUUGAGAAUUGCUCUUGUUUUUUGGACACUCUUGAUUGGGUCGUCAGUGAUAUUAAUACUCACCUCAUCAUUUUUCCAACUGUGGACUGUCGUUCACGUCCUAUUAUUCAUCAGUUUGUCGCUUUUCACCACAGGUUUUAGUCAACUGGAAAUGGGAUGGUACUGGCGUUGGAAAACACAAAUUUCUGAAAAGAAGCGCAGUUAAUAAUUUAAAAACUAAUAAAUUAUUAAUGUGAAUAGGAUAAUUUAUAUAGCAAUUUAUGUCUCUGUGAUAUCGAUAUACGAAAGAGUAGAGCUAGCCCAAAAUUCAGAUAUUGAUUUAUUUAUUAGAGUAAUUUCUUUUACAUCUGAAAACAUUUUUGGAAAUUAGUAGUCUACUGUUUUCAAGUUUACCUUAAAACUUACAAUCCGAUGAAAUAUUAUCAAGACUGUUUAUGACUAAAAGAUAUGAACAGGAAUUGAUUAAUUAACAAUUAGAUUUCUGAGAAAAUUUAUAAAAUAUACCUUUGAGUGCUUUC